GAUUUUUCAUUCUCGAUUUCAACAUCCACCCUCACUCACUCACAAUUCCGCCCGGAUAUCUCACAACAUGGCCAUCGACAAAAAGAGGAAACGUUCAGAAGGACAAGGCAAGCGCCCUAAAGCGCCAGGUGCCAGCUCCAAGCGUCAAAAGUCAAAUGCCGGAAAGCGCGUGACAAGCGUUGAUUCGCUGGCGUGGAAGACAGUCGAUGUGCCGGAAAUGUUUGAUGAUGCCGAGGGUUUCUACGGCUUGGAGGAGGUGGAAGGGGUUGAAAUUGUGCGGGACGGCGACACUGUGAAAUUUAUGGCUGCUGCUGCUGCCGAGUCCGAUGCCAGUGAGGAGUUUGGGGGGUUUGAUGAUGAGCCAGACGAAGAAGCCGGCGAAGCUCAGGGGGAUGACGUUGUAGCAUCUGCGGAACAGGUGGCACCCGUGACUUCGAAGAAAGAGUCGAAGGAUAGGAAAGGGGCUUCCAAGGGCGAGACUGAGGAGAAGGCUGCUCAAAAAGUCGAUGCCAAGACCCAGAAGGAGAAGAAGGAGAAGAAGGAAAAGAAGGGCGCCAAGGUUGAACAGGCCAAGGGCGACACCGAACUCCAAGCCAAUGUCUUUGCCCAAGCCGCCGACCUCGCCGACGCCGACGCUGAGGACAACGAUAUCGACAUGUCCGAGUGGGUCCCGCUUGAUCUCUCCCCCCAGAUUAUGUCGUCUAUUGCCCGCCUCAAGUUCGCCAAACCUACCGCGAUUCAAGCUAGAGCUAUUCCCCAAGUCAUGAACGGUCACGAUGUGGUUGGGAAAGCAGCAACCGGUUCGGGAAAAACGCUAGCUUUUGGGAUCCCUAUCGUAGAGAGCUGGUUGACCAAGCAGGCCGAGAAACAAGUUGCCAAGAAGGAGCCCAUCGCCAUGAUCCUUUCGCCGACUCGAGAACUCGCUCACCAAAUUUGCGACCACCUCAAGCUACUCUGUGCCGGACUCACCACCGCCCCCUACAUUUGCUCGGUGACAGGUGGCCUAUCGGUGCAGAAGCAGCAGCGUCAGUUGGAGAGAGCCGACAUCGUGGUUGGGACGCCGGGCAGAAUGUGGGAGUUGAUGAGUUCGAGCAACGCGGUGCUGGGGGCACUCAGGGGUAUCGACUUUUUGGUUGUUGAUGAGGCGGACCGGCUUCUUAAAGACGGCCACUUCAAGGACGCCGAAGAAAUUCUGAAGGCGAUAGAUCGGACGGCGCCAGGGGAGGAAAACGAUGAGGAUUCUGACGACGAGGCGCCCCGGCACCAGCGCCAGACACUCGUUUUCUCGGCCACUUUCAACAAGAACUUACAGCAAAAGCUCGCCGGAAAAGCCCGCUUCAACCUUACGAGCGACACCGAAUCUCUCGAGUACCUCCUCAAAAAGCUCAACUUCCGCGAAGAGCGCCCCAAGUUUGUCGACACAAAUCCAAUCUCCCAGAUGGCCGAGAAUCUCAAAGAAGGCCUGAUCCAAUGUGGUGAUCUCGAAAAGGAUUUAUAUCUCUACUCGGUCCUCCUCCUACAGCCCACCCGCCGCGCACUAGUCUUUACCAACUCAAUCAACACCGUCCGUCGCCUAGCCCCUUUCCUCCAAGCCCUCAACCUACCCGCAUUCGCACUGCACUCGGACAUGGAACAAAAAGCCCGCCUCCGUUCCAUCGAGCGCUUCAAAGCAGCCAACAACACCGAAACCCCAUCGGUGUCCUCUUCCAUCUCCGCCUCCACCACUUCCUCCUCCAUUCUCAUCGCAACCGACGUCGCGGCCCGCGGGCUCGACAUCCCCAACAUCGACCUCGUCAUCCACUACCACGUCCCACGCUCAGCCGACGACUACGUGCACCGGUCGGGCCGCACGGCGCGCGCCAACACGUCGGGCAUCUCCAUCCUGCUGUGCGGGCCCAAGGAGGCCGUCCCCACGCAGCGGCUGAUCGCCAAGGUGCACGCCGCCGCCGCCGUCAACACGUCGCGCUCGCAGCUCGCCAGCGCCGGCGUCGGCGUCCACACGAUCGAUAUCGACCGCCGCCUGGUCUCGCAUCUCCGCCCGCGCGUGUCGCUGGCCAAAAAGAUCACCGAUACGGGGAUUGCGAAGGAGAAGGGGGCCAAGGAGGACGAUUGGAUGAAGAACGCGGCGGAGGAGCUCGGGGUCGAGUUUGAUGCCGACGAGCUGGAGGCGGCUGGGCUGUGGAAGGGCAAGGGGAGCGGGAAGAAGCUGCGGGAGAAGGAGGCGCGUGCGGUUACUAAGGCGGAGGUGAAGCAGUGGCGCUGGGAACUGAAGGAGCUGCUCGCGAAGAGGGUCAAUACGGGUGUGAGUGAGAAGUAUCUUGGGGGGGUGGAUGUGGAUGGGCUGUUGCGCGGGGCAAGGGGGGAGUUUCUGGGGCAGGUGGAGGGGUUGGGGCUGUAA